AUGAAGAUCAAUAAUUGGACUGAUCGAGGUAUCCGAUAUAUCAGAUUUGGUGUUGCAACGGAUGAACCUCAUUGGAAGAGAAUUGGGCUAUCAUUCUUACGCCGAGCCCAAGCUGAAGCCGCGAGUCCGCUAUUGCAUGUGGCGAAGAAGAUUUCUGAGCAACUCCCAUUCGACCAGGAUCAUCACCCUGCUUCCAACAUCAUCAACGAAAGAAUUGAGCGGCGCAGCAAGAAGGAACCCAAUCUCAGGUUCCGUCUUGCCGAGUACAACGACACAAUCAAUCUCGAGGAACGUUCUCGGAUCCAAUACGCUUUUAACCUAUCGAGUGGUGGGCCAGAAGUUGUUCUACUCAGUGCAGGAGCUGGGGGUUCGCAUAUGGUUAUCGCGGAGCCACCUUGGACACCUGGUAAAAUUGACCAGGUCAUCGGGGGCGGACCUAUCGGUUUCCUCAAGACAAACAAGUCUAUAUAUGGCACAUGA